UUAGCCGUAGAUUUGAACCGAAUAUGCACUAUGCUGCAAACUGAAGGACCGACUUUAUGUUUGUUAAAUGUAGACUUCUUAUUGCAAUUUCGUCUAGCAGUAACUUGUUGGGAUCUUUUAGGCUCUGCUUGAGUUUUUCUGUUUGAUUGUUGUAGGAGUUUGUUCUCGAAUGUGGUUUGUUAUUCGAUGGGGUAUCUGAGGGCUGAUCGUGCGCGAUCCACUGGCUGGCCCAUCAUAUGCCGCUUUUCAUUUAUUGCAAAAGUCCCUGCAUGGCGGAAUUCUGAUUGUUGUUAUCCUCUGAUGACCCGAGGCAGAAAUUUGGUGGUUUAGCAGAGAGAACAUUCCACUUUGAUUGGCGUUGUUCUUGACGAGACGAUCGAUGGAGCGUGAGCGCCGCGAUCCAAGGAAGGACGAUCCUUCGAAGAGGGAAAAACAAGCCCUGCUGGCCAGUAUCGCACAGCUGAGAGCUGCGAAAACUAACAGAACAAUCGCAAGUUUGACUCCGCUGCCAGUAUCAGAUGACAGCGGGUCCGAUAAUGACAGGGACGGAUUCCAUUUAGGACUCAGAAAUUCCGCUGCUGCAACCUCGUCUCGUGGUGCAAAUUCGUUCCUUGAUGACGCUUUGAGCAGCCUGGCUAGCUUAUCAAUUCAGGGCAGUGGCAAAACAAACGCUUCGAGUAUUCUGAGGGAUCGUCAUUCUAACGCAUAUUCAACCCCAACAAAUAAGGCAUUUGAUUCAAGCAAAGAUAAGGAGAAAUUUCGCACGCCGCCAGAACAUUUUUCGAAGGAAUAUGUUUCACUAUCUUCAGAUGAAGAUAACGAUUUUCAGCCCAUGUCGAGUAGAUCCCGAGACAAAGCUCCUCUGGUGAACAAUGCAUCUAAGGAUGUAUUCAAGAGGCACGAAAUGCAGAGAAUUCACUCCGUGGAUUCGUCCAAACAGCUUGACAGUACCAAAGAAGCUGACUUAGUUCUUAGUGACGGAAAGAAGACUUAUUGUCUCUCUGGAAUAGUUGCUCACAAGCUGUACAAGCAUCAAGUGGAAGGGAUUAAAUGGUUGUGGUCACUCCAUAUAAAGAAAACAGGGGGAAUUCUCGGUGAUGACAUGGGUCUUGGAAAAACCAGACAGAUUGCGUCAUUUCUUGCAGGACUGUUUUCUUCGAAGCUCAUAAAGACAGCCAUGAUUGUAGCUCCAAAAACUCUCAUCUCACACUGGACCAGGGAGCUGUCAGAAGUGGGGCUAUCAAGAAAAACUUUCAAUUUUGCCGAAACUUCAUCAAGAGCCCGCGAUAGCGCUCUUCAUGGACUCCUGCAGAGAGGAGGAGUUUUAUUGACAACGUAUGACAUGGUACGCUGCAAUUGGAGAGUUCUCCGGGGGGAAACACUCGAAGGAGAUGAGUACGGUGGCAAUGGCGAUGAACCCUUACUGUGGGAUUACCUCAUACUGGAUGAGGGUCACCUUAUAAAAAACCCCUCUACGGAGAGAGCAAAGAGUUUAAGGGAGAUAUCAAGCUCUCAUCGAGUUAUCUUGAGUGGUACUCCAAUUCAGAACCAUCUGAAGGAAAUGUGGGCUUUAUUUGACUUCUGCUGUCCAAACCUUCUGGGUGACAAAGCUGAGUUCAAGGCAAAGUAUGAAAGCAGAAUCGUAGCUGCAAAUGAUAAAUCUUCGUCUGACAGAUCAAAGAGGCUCGGUGCAGCCGCUGCGCAGGAGUUGAGACAACGAAUUGCACCAUUUUUCCUCCGCCGUCUGAAAAGUGAAGUUUUCCCUGAAGAAGGCAGUGACGACGCACCAAAGCUUUCACACAAAAAUGAUUUAAUUGUGUGGCUGCAGCUGACCAACCGCCAGGAAAAACUGUACAGAGCAUUUCUGGAAAGUGAAGCCGUGCUGAACGCCCUGGAUGGCUCUAAAGCCCUGACUGCUUUGUCGGUUAUGAAAAAGAUUUGCGAUCAUCCUUCUCUUCUCACGCAAAGAGCUGCGGAUGAUAUUGCCGAAGGAAUGGAGGGUAUGAUGGGAAACACGGACCCUGCAGACGCAGAAGCCAUGACAGCAGCUCUAGCUGGAUUAGUUGAGAAUGAUGUGGGCUUCAGGCAAAUUCAGGGUGCUGUUUCUUGCAAGAUUGCGUUCCUCAUACUAUUGCUGGAAAAGCUCGUGGAAGAAGGUCAUCGAACUCUCAUCUUUUCACAAACUAGGAAAAUGCUGAACAUCAUUCAGGAAGAAAUAGAGAAUAGAAAAUGGAGAUACCGACGAAUUGAUGGCACAAUGAAAUCUUGUGACAGGGAGCAGUGUGUACAAGACUUUCAAACAGAUCCGUACAUACCCCUUUUCUUGUUAACAUCACAGGUGGGGGGCUUGGGCCUGACACUUACGUCAGCUGAUCGAGUGGUCAUUGUGGACCCUGCUUGGAAUCCAAGUACUGAUAAUCAAAGUGUUGACCGAGCCUACCGUAUCGGUCAGAAGAAAAAUGUCAUUGUUUAUCGUCUUAUGACGUGUGGUACACUGGAGGAGAAAAUCUACCGAAAGCAGGUUUUCAAGGGAGGACUCAUGAAAACUGCUACUGAAACUAAGAAUCAGAUGCGCUACUUCUCACAGCAGGAACUUCACGAUUUGUUUCGUGUGCCAGAGACUGGAUUUCAGGUCUCUGUCACGCAGCGGCAAAUGGCAGAAGAGCAUGCGGGGGAACAUCGGACGGAUAAGGAUUUAGAAGAACACAUUCGCUACUUAGAGGGGUUGAGUAUGAUCGCUGGUGUUAGCCACCAUGAUCUUCUCUACUCCAAAGCUGCGCCGGAGCUCCCACCCGCACAGGAUGAUGAGGACGACGCUAAGGCGCAAUGGGAGCCAAGAGCAACUGCUUACCCUACUCGAAAGCCCUACAAGCCCUCAAUAGAAUCAUACGUAUGGGAGCAGACUGAGGAGUUGUCGACAAGCUCGAGCAGCGCAUCACGCGGGUCAACAGAGAAUCAAGUAUCCGAGGAAGCGAAGCAUGCAUGGUUGCGCGCAAGUUACCUGAAAGAUAAGAUCAAGCGCAUGGCUGCCGUGUUGGAGAACGAGGAGAUGUCAUCCAAGCUAUCAGAUGGUGGGAUGAAAAUCAUCAGGAGGAUCAAAGAACUCAACGAUGAAGUAGCCAAACUUGAAGUCAAGGCUGCGCCAUUCAAAGAAAACUUGGCCGCAAGGCGAAGUGAUGGAUCCUCGAGAUCAGAUGGCCCGACAGUUCAGGAAAAGACUCUAUCCCAAUCUCAAGGCCUCCAUGAGCCAGUGGUGCGAGUGCGCAGUGCAAGCGGCAACAAUAUAUACAACGCUGCUCGGAGUGGCACCGAACACCAUAACAAGCCUCACUAUCUCAACAAGAGCUCAGAUCCUCGAGUGAUUGACCUCGAGUCGAAAUUAGGCAAUUUAAGAGUUUAGUUGUGCACUCCGAACAAUAUAGUACCCGCCAGUUUCGAUAAUGCGUAGUGACUCUGAGACCGGAGGCUCUCAGGUAGAGGAUCAUCACCGCGCGUGAUGGUAACGAGAAGCGACAGCCUGUACAUGUGUAUACCCAAUUUUGAAGCUGUAAAAUAUUGAAGAAACUAUCAUUUUUCCCAAGUUUUGUGACCAUUGAGAGUGUUGUGGAGGUAAGGACUCGAAAAAGCCCUGCCACUGUUUUCAUUUCAUUGGGACUUUCACUCUUUACCGUUUCACAGAAAAUAAUGAACCAGUGCACGA